CAGAGACAGCGCUGCACCCGCUUCCGUGUUUGUGUAUUAGGGAGGGUAGUGCAAAGCUACAGGCGCUUUUCUGGCUUCAGUGUUUCAUUCAUCUGGAAGACUAAGGCUAAGCAAGAGGCAGCGGAGAAAAAUGCCUUAUGAACUGAAGCGUGUGUUUGCCAGUCUCCCUCAGAUGGAGAGGGGAGUUGCAAAAGUGAUCGGUGGUGAUCCCAAAGGCAACAACUUCCUCUACACCAAUGGGAAAUGUGUCAUCAUCAGGAACAUUGAAAACCCAGCUAUUGCAGACAUUUACACUGAACAUGCCCAUCCAGUUACUGUCGCUAAGUAUGCCCCCAGUGGAUUCUACAUUGCAUCUGGAGAUGCAUCAGGAAAGAUCCGUAUCUGGGACACCACCCAGAAGGAGCACCUGCUCAAGUAUGAGUACACCCCGAUUUCAGGGAAGGUGAAGGACAUUGCAUGGACGGAGGACAGCAAGAGGAUUGCUGUUGUUGGUGAUGGACGAGAGAAGUUUGGGGCAGUGUUCCUGUGGGACUCCGGCUCAUCAGUGGGAGAGGUUUCUGGUCAUUCAAAAUUAAUUAACAGUGUAGACAUAAGGCAGAAGCGCCCUUACCGCCUCGCCACUGCCAGUGAUGACACCUGUGGCUCCUUCUUUGAGGGACCUCCCUUCAAGUUCAAAUUCACAUUGCGGGACCACAGCCAGUUUGUCAACUGCAUUCGUUUCUCUCCAGAUGGAAGUCGGUUUGCUACAGCUGGUGCUGAUGGCCAGAUUUUCCUCUAUGAUGGAACAACUGGUGAGCUUGUUGGCUCCCUCGGUGGAGAGAAGGCUCACAAAGGAGGAAUUUAUGCUGUCAGCUGGAGCCCUGACAGCUCUCAGCUGAUCUCUGCCUCAGGGGACAAGACGGUGAAGCUCUGGGAUGUGGGUGCAGCCACGGCUGUCACCACCUUCAACCUGGGCUCUGAUGUGACAGACCAGCAGCUGGGCUGCCUGUGGCAGAAAGACCACCUCCUCAGCAUCUCCUUGUCAGGAUACAUCAACUACUUGGACAAGAAACCCGACCAGCCCAUACGCACUGUCAAGGGUCACAGCAAAUCCAUCCAGUGUGUGACGGUUCAUAAAAAUGAAGGGCAAGCGUACAUCUACUCGGGGAGUCACGAUGGACACAUCAAUUACUGGGAUGCAGAAACUGGAGUGAACGACUGCUUCUCAGGAAAGGGUCACAGCAACCAGGUGAGCAAGAUGGUGGUUGACGACGCUAACGAGUUGGUGACGUGCAGCAUGGAUGAUACACUGCGCUACAGCAGUAUCAGCAAGAAGGAAUACAGUGCCUCUGAUGUGGUGAAGAUGGACGUCCAGCCUAAAAGUGUGUCAGUAGCAGCAGGUGGGCUGUCACUGGCUGUGUGCAUUGGGCAGAUUGUCCUUGUAAAGGACAAGAAGAAAGUCUUCACACUGGACAAUCUUGGCUAUGAAGCAAGAGUUGGAAGUAUCCAUCCUGGCGGCACCACUGCUGCCGUGGGCGGAGCAGAUGGAAAAGUUCAUCUGUACUUUCAGGGCAAUACUCUGAAGGAUGAGGGGAAAAGUCUUGAGUCAAAAGGUCCUAUCACAGACAUGGCCUAUUCAAGUGAUGGUGCCUAUCUGGCUGCCAUUGAUGACAAGAAAGUUAUAACGGUCUUUAAUGUGGCAGACGGCUUCCCAGUCAAGAACGAGUUUUAAAUGGACACGCAUGCCAAACCUGUGACUUUGGCCUGGUCACCUGAUAGUGAGAACUUUGCCACUGGCGGGAUGGACAUGAUGGUGUACGUCUGGACAGUUAGCGAUCCAGACCAGCGGCUCAAAAUCCCAGAUUUGGUCCGUGCUUUGUCUUUGAUGCAGACACCUCACCGCUUGCACCACGUUAGUGGCCUGGCCUGGAUAGAUGCGCACACUCUGGUCACCACCCCCCACGACGCCAGCAUCAAGCAGUGGACUAUUACAUACUGAGCUACAAGCAGACAAGCAUGCACAUCUCCAGGGACAAGGACUGCUGUUGAAUUGACGCUUUCUUUUUUUUUUUUUUGUUUUGUUAAAACUGUAUUUUCCCCAUCUAAACUGUGUUAAUACUGUCUGUACACAUCAAAAUUGUAAAUGGUUAUGGUUGCGGGUUUAAAAAAAAAAAAAAAAAAAAAAAAAAGGUCCCAUAUGUGAUCUGUUUAAUGCAGAUAACCUCAGCUAACACAGAGGCAACAUGUUGAAACGUGUAGCGUAACCACGUGUGCUUUCACUUAAGGGUGAUGGACCGAGAAAUAUUUGUAAGCUCAUCAUUCCAUAGGUUUUAAACUGUGGUUGGGAUCAAUGCAUUCUGGCUUAAAAGAAAAACCAUAAUCAUAUAUAUAAUUUUUCUUUUAAACUGAACAAAAUUACAUUGGAAAGAACCUUUUUGGUUACAUUCCUGAAAUGAGCUGUAACUGGUCCUAGCUGCAGUUGCCUGUCCGCUCUUUAUUCUCAAAGUUUAAGGUGGGUGAGUCUUCUUUGCCUUUGGCUUUGUCCUUGGUUUCAUACUUGGUGAUUUAUAUUUCUUCUUGUUUGACUGGGGAGCAAUAAUAGGAAACCGAAAGAACGAAGUAUGCAUACAAUCAAAAAUGCUGUCUGUUUAGUUGAAGGUCCUGUGUUGUUGCUGUGUUUGUCUGGGCUCACAUUGGUUGUCUCUAAUUUUAUUUUUUUCUAUGUCUUUAUGCAUCCACUUCCAAAGUGGAAGAGACUCAAUAAUAAAAAACUUUUAUGCACUGGUC